AUGAAAAGCAAAUCACGGCCACAUCACCGCAGUAUUCGGCAUAGCCAAUUUCGCGACAAUACUGUUAUCCAUCAGGGCGAUUCUCACAUUCAUCUGCCUGUUCGCCCAGCCCGGGCUUUGACUCACUUCAUUCCAUAUCCGCGAAAUGAAGACUUCAUCAACCGAUCAGACAUUGUUGGCAAACUUGACGAGCUUUUGCCACCGUCUUCGGAUUUCCACAGUGCCGCUCUUUGUGGUCUAGGCGGGUCAGGAAAAACGCAGAUUGCACUCGAUUAUAUAUACCGUCGAUGCGGUACUCAUUCUGUCUUUUGGGUACAUGCGGAUACUAAAGCAACAAUCCUACAUGAUUAUAAAUUGAUCGCGAGGAAAUUUGGUGGCAUAGACGAAAAGCUUGAUGACGAAGGUUUAUUCACGGCUGUUUGCAACCGGAUUGAAGAGGAACCGGAGUGGCUCUUGGUACUCGAUAAUGCCGACGAUCUAUCGUUAUUUGGAGUCGGAAUGUCAUCUAAUUCGUCAAAAAGUCUACCCAACAUUAUCCCCCGAGGGCCCAAGGGGCUUGUUUUAUGGACGACUCGUGACAAGCGCAUCAUGGGAACACUGGUCGGUACUUUUCGAGCAGUUGAAGUGGGUGAUAUGUCACUUGAUGAAGCAAAGAUACUUCUUUCAAUAGCAGCGGCAACGACGCCGGACAGAGCCACCAGUGAAGACGUCAAGAAUAUCAACAAACUGCUUGAAAGCCUUCAGUAUCACGCCUUGGCAAUUUCCCAGGCUGGUGCCUAUAUGCGGAGAACGUCAACAUCAGUGCGUGAGUAUAUAACUAUGCUCGCACAGAAGAAGAAAAGGCAAAGGAUCCUCGAGAAAAGCGAGUUUGAUCGACAUCGAAAAUUUGGGGCUCCCAACAGUAUUUUAGAGACAUGGAGCAUCUCAAUCAAGCGUAUUCGACAAGAAAGCGAGCUGGCUUAUAAUUUGUUUCAUACUAUCGCAUACUUUGAUAACCAGAAGUUUUCUGGAGAAUUAGUCGAGCUUGCUGGAAUAGAGAGCGGCUUUGACUGGGAAGGAGAAACAGAUGAACUGGAGGAAGCUAUUACUCGGCUUAAAGAAUUUUCCCUCAUUUACCAACGCGAGAAAGAAUACGGCCAUCGGAUGUAUGAAAUGCACAAGCUUGUGCAGGAGGCUGCCCGAUACAGGCUGCGUAUGGAGAAGCCAUCGGAGAACAGCCCAACUACAAGAAGAACCACAUAUAUGUCCGAAGAUCUCCAUGAAUCGGGAGAAGCGCAGGUAAUAGGGGAUGACUAUCUGGCACAUGCACUUCAGGUAGUUGAAUCGAUGGAGCUUUGCGGAGAGGGGGCUGCCACAAUGAACAAGCUUUCUGCUAUAUCAGAUCUUUUGGGGGAUCUCAAUGAAUGGAAAGAGAAAGAGCGGUUAGAUGAGAGGAUAUUAACAAUGCGACAGAAGAGCCUUGGAGUGGAACACCCCGAUACGCUGAAAACUAUGGCUGCUAUCGCCAUCACGAACUUCGGGCAGGCUUUCGCAGAUCGGGAUCCAGCAACACUUAGGUUUGAUGUUUUUUACAAGUGGAGUAAUUCCGAAUAUUACAUCGAAAAGGCAUAUGAAAUAGGAACGGAGGUGUUAACGCUUCGACAGAAGGCUCUUGGGCCAACUCAUCCAGAUACAAUCGCAAGCUGGAGGAUCAUUGUAGAAGUGCAAUGUGGGCAAGGCCGAUAUGGUGCUGCUACGAAGAUUGCACAGAAAAUCCUUGGUAUUCAGCGGAGAGUCCAUGGAAAAACCCAUCCAAAUACAUUGGCAGCAAUGGAGGAUCUCGCUUAUGUCUAUUAUAUACAUGGACGGGAUAAAAAAGCUCUGCAUAUCAGAGAAAAGAUAUUGAAGCUUCAGAAAGAGCGAGCCGGCGGAAAAAAUCUAGCCACCAUGCUAGCUAUGUAUAACCUCGCCAUUUCCUGGAACCAAUGUGGGAGACAUCGCGAUGCUCUUACUCUUAUGAAUGAGUGCUACAAGUUGCAAGAGGACGUCUUUGGAUUCUUUCACCGGAUGGGACUUGGAUGUAGUUGGUACAUAGGAGAAUGGGAGGAUGAACUCACCGAGAGUGAUGUACAAGACGUCACGCACAACUCAGACGGGCGAAGUGAGGAGAUGGCCGGUGUGGCCAUGGCCUAA